AUGCUUCGCCGCUUUGGUUCGUUCGUUAUUUUAUUCUUUUGUGUUUCCAUUUUUCUAUUUCCUGAUCUCUUGUCACCAUCCACCCUAACUCAUUCUCUUAAAACUCGUCGAAGUGUGGUCCGUCAAAAACGGAAUUCCUCCAUAAAAUGUGUCGUUCGACCACCGGACCCCUGGGACCAAUCGAUUCUCGAGUAUGUGCUCGACGACGGCUCAAGACCCGUCCAACUUGCUUGCCGCGAUGCCAAAGUGCAGCCAGAGCUGACUUUUUUGGAUGAAAAUGGAGUUCUUCAUCUCAACUCAAGUGCCGUCAAUGAGAGUGGUCUGGAAGUAGAAUGCCAGUACCGUACCUAUGAUAAGUUGGAUGGAGACGAUGAGAAGUUGAUCUAUGCAAAGUGGAUUUCUUUCAAUAAAACUGCAAAAAUCGACGCUGAAUUCAUAGAAGUCUCCUGCCAAAGAAUAUGGUUUCCACGUACGAGAGUGUAUUCAAACAACCACAACCAAAUAAAACCAAUCCCUCGACAAUCUCAAAAACAAUUUACGCCAGCUCCAAAAGCCUCGGUCAUCAUUAUCGUUCUCGACUCGGUCUCACACUCCAAUUUCCGGCGGACGAUGAAUAAAACGCUCGAGGCAUUGCACACUCACUAUGGUUCAUUUAUAUUCGACGGAAUGACAAAAGUCGGCGAUAACUCUUUUUCUAAUGCCGUCGGCUUUUUUGCUGGGAAAUGGUGGAAUACGGAAUUCGGAGAUGUUCAUGGAUUCUUUGAUGACCACGAAUUGAUAUGGAAGAGAUAUCGAAAGGAGGGAUAUCGAACAUUAUAUUCAGAAGAUUAUCCAGGUUUCAAUUUAUUCAAUUAUUUAUCAAAAGGUUUCAAAAAGAAGCCAGUUGAUCAUUACUUCCGUCCGUUUUGGUUAAAUGUCUACUGGUCUUACGUUCAUCGAAGAAGUAAGAAUUUAUGUUAUGGGAAUAAUCGAAUGCAUAAUUUACAACUGAACUAUCUAUCUCAGUUUAUAUCAAAGUAUAAAGAUCAACCUAAAUUUGCAGUAUCUUGGUUCACAGAACUGGGUCAUGACUGGUUGAAUCAAGUUCGUUACGGGGAUGACGAUAUUGCCAAGUUUUUGAUAAAACAUGUGAAAGAUCUCGAAGAUUCUUAUCUGUUUGUAAUGUCCGAUCAUGGACAUCGAUUCGAUAGUAUUCGAAAAACAAGUGUUGGAAGACAGGAGGAACGUCUUCCAUUCUUUUCAAUUUCACUACCGAAAUUGAUAAGAGGAGAUUCAGAAUUAAUGGAAACAGUUCGAAACAAUACGAAGAAACUAACAUCCUUCUUCGAUGUUUAUACCACUUUCCGUCACAUUCUCAACUAUCCGAAACUUCCACAAACCGCCAGAGGUAGAAGUCUCCUCCUCCCAUUGCAAGACCGAAAUUGUGAAUCAGCAAACAUCCCGGAAGAAUUUUGUGUUUGUGAGACUGAAGUUCCGUUGAAUGUGACUGCUAACGCGAGGGUGCGAACAAUGGCUCAAGAUUUUGUGAAGGAAAUAAAUCUUCGACUAGAGCCUCACAUUCAGUGUGUUCAGUUAAAGUUAAAGAAUGUGAUUGCUGCGAAUUUAACUUCUCCAUCGGAUGCAAUUUUUGAAGCUCUUCUUCUAUUUGACCCAUUCAGUUAUCAAUCUACAGCGACUGCCGACGUGGCUGAUGCAAAUCGAAUUGGCGGAAAGCUGCGGCGACGGCGGCAAAAAAGAAGAGAAGGCGCCCCUAGAAUGGGUAGGAAGAUGAAGGGACGAGCUGCAGCCACAGAGCAUAGCUCGCGUGGCGACGGCGGCGACGGAGCGAGAAGCCGUCGAUGCGGACGAAGAAAAGAAGGGAGGAAAUGGGCGGAGCGGCCGCCUGGAAACGAGCGCAGCGCAGUAGCCCUCUCCGCUACUGCCUCACUUGCCGUCGCAGUCGCCAUCAAACGAUCCUAA